AUGUGCAAGGUGUUUGCGAUGACCUUACAUGGAGCAGCCUAUGAUUGGUUUCAUACCCUACCGUCUAGGUUGAUCAGCUGCUUCAAGGAGUUGGCUUUCUUUUUCACCAAUGAGUACACUUCCUAUCGGACGAUUAAGAAACAAGCCGACCACUUGUUCAACUGGCGCAAGGAGCAUGAUGAGUGCCUCCAAGACUACAUCAAAAGAUUCAAGGUGGAGAAAUCCAACAUUGUGGGAUGCGAUAAUCGAAUCGCACCCUCUGCCUUCAAGAAGGGUUUACUAGCUGAGCACUAUCGCUCCCAGCCAAACUUUGGUAGAGGUCUUCUCGACUGCGAAACACUACGCACUCUAAGACAACGAUCGAAUCGCUGCAAAUAA